AUGAACCUCCCGCACCCUCAAGGGCCAUCGGGCAUGAACCUCCCGCACCCUCAAGGGUCAUCGGGCAUGAACCUCCCGCAUCCUCAAGGGUCAUCGGGAAUGAACCUACCACCGCCACAAGCUGGCCAGAGUAUGAACUUACCCCCGCCUCAGGGGUCCACAGGAAUGAACCUCCCUCCCCCGCACAAUGGGCCUGGUAUGACCAUGCCCCCUCCCCCCGGCAGCCAGAAUAUGAACCUCCCGCCCCUGCACAGCACAUCGGGACUGAAUUUGCCACCACCCCAGGGUGGCUCCGGACUACACUUGCCCCCUCCCCAGAACACACACGGCAUGAACCUCCCUCCCCCGCAAAGCGGGCACGGACUGAACCUCCCUCACCACCAGGGUGGUCUUGGAAUGAAUCUCCCUCCCCUGCAGUCCGGUCCCUCCGGACACAACAUGCCUCCCCCGAUGGGCGGACACGCUAUGAACCUUCCACCUCCACAGGUCGGGGCCGGGCUGGGCCUGCCGCCGGCGAUGAACAUUCCCCCUCCGCAGCUGAGCCCAACGUCACCGUCCGGAGCAGAGCCGCGUAUGCCGCCUCCGAAACCCACCAGCCACGGGCUGAACCUUCCACCCCCGGAGAGCGAGAGUUUGGGGAAUUCCAAGCCGAAGAAGCGUUCGGAGCCCAUCAGGAUCAGCGUCCCGGAGCUCCAUGGCGGAGAUUCCGACUCAGAGGAAGAUGAACCAUUCCGGAAGAAAGCAGCAAGUCAGGUAUCCAAAGAAGGGUUUGGGUUGUCCUCCUUACUCCCUCAACCGAAGAAUGUCCACGGGGGAGACUCCAAACGCCCGCUCCUCCCUUACAACUUCACAAAGAAACCAUCUGACCCUCCCAAGGAAUCAAAACUUCCCAAGCAGAUGUCCAAGCCCAAGCUCACCGCGAGCCCCGAGGUGUCCCACACGCCGUCUCCAUCGGCCAUCAAAGCAGCAGCCAAGAAUGCUGCCCUGCAGGUGACCAAGCAGAUCACGCAGGAGGAGGAUGAGGAAAGUGACGAAGAGUUCCAACAGGGUAACUUCUUCUCGUUGACGGACAGCAACGAGGCUGCUGUGGCUCCUGAUGAGAGCUAUACGUAUCCGCUUCCCCCAGCGAAUGAUGACGGCCCUCCAGGGGUCGAUCCUGGUCAGUUACAGAACGAUGCAGCAAAUGCUCCUCUGGAGUUCAAGACAGCAGCUGGACCAAACCUCAACCAACAGUGGUCAGCCACGUCUACAGGAGACUACAGCGGCCAGGAGUACAGCCAAUAUCCUGAAUAUAACAACCCACACGCUGCUGCAUACUAUCAGCAGGAUUAUUACAGCAGUGGGUAUUAUCAGGAGGCGGAGCAGUCAUCAGCCACCCAGCGGGACUCCGCAACAAGCGACUCUUUCAUGGAUGAUGAAGCGUUCAAGCGUCUUCAAGGAAAGCGGAAUCGGGAAGAGAGGAAAUUAACUUUGUGGAGAUUAAAGGUGACGACCAGCUCAGCGGAAACCAGCAGUGGCUGACCAAGUCCCUGACGGAGGAGAAAAACAUGAAGUCUUUCAGCAAGAAAAAAGGGGAUCAGCCAACCGGACAACAACGACGGAAACAUCAGAUCACCUACCUGAUCCACCAGGCCAAAGAGCGGGAGCUGGAGCUGAAGAACACUUGGUCCGACAACAAGCUGAGCCGGCGACAGACACAAGCCAAGUACGGUUUCUAG